AUGGCGACCUUCGCAGCCUCAACACCUUCACCUCCCCCUACCAUCCGAACACCACCCACUCCCAGACACGGUUGGAGCGACAAUUGGGAACCAUACUCUCCUCGAAAGUCGGCGCGCAUUUCAUCUCGACGAGCCGCAAACCGAACUCCUUCACCCCAACCCUCAUCCCAUCGCACUCCUCCCAGAACCACUCGCAAAGCGGUCGCACCUUCUAGCUCCGCAGCCAUCAUGUCGCCGACUGCGACACCUCAGAAGAAGCGCCAGCCUGCUCAGGAUUCCGUCCGUCGAGCGUCUGGAUUUUUGACUGUUGAGAGCGCAUCGCAAGCUGCCUCGUCGCUUGGCAUCGACAAGAUGGAGCGCCCUCCCACCACCACUGUCUCUCGCCGCUCCGGCAUGCUGCCUACGCCAGCCAAGACCCCCAAGAAGGCACCUACCGAGAAGCAGACUGCUCAUAUUCGUGCUGUCGCGCGCAACUUGUUCCACAGCGAUGACGAGGCCUUGGCCAGCCCCAAGAGGAAGCGAGCAUCCAAGAAAUACUCUGGAAACUCGUUGGAGAGUUUUACCGCCGAAGAAACCGAAGAGCCUAUCGAGAUUUUCACUGAUUCCCAAGAUCGUAUUCCUGAGGCCGACACAAGUUUGGAGAACCCGUUCUACGGUGAUAGUGCCACUAUCGAGCGAGAGCCCCCACGCCGCCGCAGCAAGCGCAAGGUCGCAAUCCCAGGAGAAGCGUCGCAGGCCGUAGACGAAGCCAUUCAGCGUGAAGAUGGCAUGAUUUAUGUCUUCCGAGGAAAGAAGUUCUUCCGCAAGUUCGCUGAGCCUGAGGAUGACGAAGAUGAAGAGGGCAGCUCAUCAGAGUCCCGUCUGAGGAGGCCGCUUACCCGCUCGGCUAUCAAGCCCCGUCUUCUGUUCCCAGUCACGCCCAAGGCUCCUGCCACUGGCUCGACUCUAGAGGAGGAGGAAGCCGUCACUGACAUUGAGGACCACCACUUGGAGAAGCCGGAGGACGUCCCUCAGACUCCGGUUGAUGUUCAAGAUGAGUGCCCGUCGACCCCUCAAGCCCCCAAGUUUGGCCCCGCGGCGACUCCCCCAGACACUAGACGCACCACCCGAUCUGGACUGAAGUCAGAAGAGGCGACUCCGAUCAAACGAAAAGGUCGGCAAAGUCCCUUUGACGAUUGGCCGCGUGUCAAGAAUCGCCACGAGAGUACGGCUACCAAACGCACUGGAGACUCACUCGCAGGUUCUGCUCCUAAGCGAGCUCGUACCUAA